AUGGACGCCGCCGUACAGGCACCGGCCAGCCCAGGCAAUCCGUCUCUGGCCGAUCCCAUCAGCACCGGCAGCAUGGACGGCUCUGCGGACGUGUCACUCGUCACGUUUGCUGCCGCCGCAUCAUCCCACGAGGACGAGGACUUUAAAGAGAGCGAUCGCUGGAGGCUCCAUAGCGACACGUCGACCAUAUCCAGCAGGGUCACCACGCCCGAUCCCGUCGUGUCGAGCCCGCCGCUGACUCCCUUCGCCUCGGCUGGCAGUCGGACGCCUCUUCCCGGCAGGAUUUCCAAUGCCCUCUCUCCUCUUCCUCUUCUACCCCCCGCGUUUCCUCCCCGGCGAGGUCCGGAACGGGGUCGCGGGCGAGGACGUGGCGGAGCGAGGGGAGCGAGUCGACUUAUGCCGAGGAGCCCGAACGAGGCUACCCGAUCCCAUCAACCAAACCCAGCGGAUUCAUCUCGAUACGGACCUUCUCGACCUCCGUUGCCUACCAGCAGUAAUGGCAUGGCCCAGUCAUCGUCAUCGUUUCCAUUGCUUGUCGAGCAGGAUAGGGGCGAUGAUGGUCACAGAGCUCGACGCCUCGGCGUCCCUCCUCACCCGCCGCCGCCGCCACCUCCGCCGCCGUUCAACUCUCCUCCUCUUGCUUCCUCCUCUUACUUUGCCAACCUUCCGACGAUGAGCAGGCCAGACCUUGGCCUGGCCGACAUUAAUCACGCACCACCACCUUCCCUAGGCUCUCAUGCAUCCGCCAGCACGCAGCAGUUGAUCCAGUCCGCUCCAGGUUUUUCAAUCAAUAAUUACGUGCGGCCACGACCAUCCCGAGGUAAACGGAACUCGGGACGGUCCUAUCAUCGGCGGAGUAAUGGCAAUGGCCCACAAGAUGAAGCAUUGACUUUCUCACUGACCAGGCUUGAAGAUGAUGAGGCUUGGAGCUCUUCAUCCUCAUCUAAUGAAGAUCCAAUCGCCUAUCGGAAUGCUAGGCAGUUCCCUCCCCAGCUGCCCGCUGGCCCGUCCUAUGGGCCAUCUGCCGCCCGGAGCAGAUCCUCUGCGGCAAAUCAAAUCACGGCAUGGGUGUCACAAUACGAAAAGUCGAGGAGCCCAACGAGAUCUCGAUCAAGAUUGGGUGACAUUUCUGCAGUUCUACAUCCCACUGACACCGAGUCGCACCUGGAUGGCUCUUUGCACUCCAAUGAUUCUUCCCAUGGCGAAAUAGAAAUGCUGUGGCAGCAAUUGAAAGAGAAGAGAGCUAAACUAAGUGGCACAAGGGCAGAGAUGCGGUCCAGGAGAAAGGCGCUGCGGCAAAAGAGGCGUGAGAAGGAUGCAGCCGACAAUGCCUUCAUGAGCGUCGUGCGGCCUGUGCUGAUCAGCCGAGGAGAGCCGUUUCAGGCCUCAUCCAGCCUUUUUGAAGCGCGGUUGGAGAAGAUGCAGCAGUUGAGAGAUGACUACCAAGUUCUGGAAUCCAGAUAUGAGACGCUCGAGGCCAUGUUGGAUGAGGAAGAGCGUGAUCUCAGCAUCCUCGAAACACGCUUCUUUAGCAUCUUGGCGGCUGACCAAACCAAGGAGGAGCGCCAGCUCGAUGUCUCGAGCGAUUCCGGUGCCGCCAACUUCAACAUUGAUCAGGUGGAAAUACCGUAUGAGCUCAGAGGCAUAUCUCCGUUCGGCCCCGUCGAAGACCCACAUCCCUUGUAUGUCGAUUUGACAUCAACGGUGGGAUAUCUGGGGAAUGCCCGGGAUGAAUAUGCAGACCUCCUCUCCACCAAAGAGCAAUACGAGGAAGAGCAGCUGUUGAAAAAGACGACCAAUCAGAAGACCCCGGAUGAGCUAGACAUGAAGGAAUUCUUUGACGAGUUCCCAUCCGAAGAGCUGCGGAUGGUUGGCGUAAUAGCCAACCUGGAAUCCCAAGUAAGUCGCCUUAGGGAGAUUUGCGAAGGCAGGGGAAUCAUGAAGAAGCACAUGUCCAUCAAGAUGGAGUACGCACUGGAUCCCCAAAUCAAGUAUGAAGAUCUGGAUCUGGACGACGAGCAGACAAUUCUGAGCAGUCGCAAGACGUUGGGCCAUGCCGAGUUCAAUGAACUACUGUCUCAGCCAGACCACGUGCUAGCUGAUGAGCCACUCACCCCCCUGGGAGCUCUCAAAGCAGCCAUUCGCCUCCCGAAUCACCAUCCCGAGAAGGGUGUGAAGAAGAGGUUGGCGUCCAAGGAGUAUGCCAUUGACAAUCUCAUGCGAGAAUGUGACGGCGGGAAGAAAGCUGACUAUGUGAACCGGUGGCUGCUUCACCAACUGCGACUGUCUCCGCUCAACGCCGUGCUUCUGCGGUCCACUUUCCAAGCAAGCCGAUCUCUCAAGAUUCGAGACAUGUGGCGCUGGCAGUGCGACGUAAUGCAUUACUGGUGGCGUGAUAGCACCAUGUCUCUGACGGAUGGCUUCUUCAAACCCAUAACCAGCGACAAUUCAGAAUAUUCAACUCGCCAGGGAUCGCCCCAGCUGUCGCGGGCCGCAUCUGACGGUGGUCCUAGGCACUUCUAUCAGCAACAUGAGCCGAUUGAUAACAGCGAUGCCAUUACUGAAUAUGGCUAA